UGAAGGGGGUCAAGGCACAUUCAGCCAGCGUGGGAAAGCGAAGAAGAGACGGAGCUCACAGACAAAAUUUGAAAAAAAGAGCGUUAAAACAGGAAAAAAAAUGAGAAGAGCAUGGCUUGGAGAAUAUAUCAAGCUUUUGUCCUAUGACCUCCCCAAAAAAGUUGCAGUAGGAACUGUGUUUUUCUGUAAGGAAUACGCCCCCCCCCCCCCACACACACAACCCCGGUAUUAUAGUUACUGCUUUGCUUGAGCUGCAGUUGAAGAGGUGGUAGUUAACUGCUGAGGGAUGGGGGUUAGAAAAGCGUGCACCAUCCGACUACCUGCGUGGGAUAUAUGAUGUGCUGUGUGUUAGUUUGAACAUUUAUCCAAAGGAGGGAUGUUUCAUCAUUUCAUGGACACGGCCAAUGUUGCGACUUUCACUGAUAACAUGAAACGAGGCAUUGCAAGUGCCAACAACUCUGUUAUGUGAGGAUGGCUUUGUAAAAACCCUGGCUCUUCACAUUCGUCGGGAUUCCCCGCAAUAUUCUCAACAAGAAAACAAAUCCGCAAAAAUGGACAAUGAAAGUGUAGCACAAAGAUACGAGCCCGUCGCCGAGAUUGGCGAAGGUGCUUACGGAAAGGUGUACAAGGCACGAGAUUUGAAGAACGCGGGACGCUUUGUAGCCCUAAAAAGAGUUCGGGUACAGACGGAGGAGGAAGGGAUGCCCCUCUCGACCAUCCGUGAGGUGGCGGUACUGAGGCAACUGGAGGCAUUCGAACACCCCAACGUGGUCAGACUGUUCGAUGUGUGUACUGUGUCUCGGACCGACCGCGAGACCAAGCUGACCCUGGUCUUUGAGCAUGUUGACCAGGACCUGACCACAUACCUAGAGAAAGCCCCUGAUCCUGGGGUGCCACCUGAAACUAUCAAGGAUAUGAUGUACCAGCUGCUGCAGGGGUUGGACUUCCUGCACUCACACCGUGUGGUUCACCGGGACCUGAAACCCCAGAACAUCCUGGUCACCAGUGGAGGACAGAUAAAACUGGCCGACUUCGGUCUUGCCAGAAUAUACAGCUUUCAGAUGGCCCUGACCUCCGUGGUGGUGACGUUGUGGUACAGAGCCCCAGAGGUGUUGCUCCAGUCCAGCUAUGCCACCCCAGUUGACCUGUGGAGUGUGGGCUGUAUCUUCGCUGAGAUGUUCAGGAGAAGACCUUUGUUUAGAGGAAGCUCAGAUGUUGAUCAGCUGGGCAAGAUUUUUGAUGUGGUCGGUGUUCCCUCGGUGGAGGACUGGCCCCAAGAAGUUGCUCUACCACAGAGUGCCUUCUCUCCACGACUCCCUCAGCCAAUCGGAAACCUCAUCCCUGACAUGGACGAGCUGGGGAAGUCCCUUAUACUGCAAUUCCUGGCAUUCAAUCCCGCCAAAAGGAUAUCAGCGUUUGCUGCUCUGACCCACCCCUACUUCCAGAGUGUGGAUAGUGACAGUAAGAGUGUGUACGCUCAGCCCAUUGCCAGCAACAAGCCCACCAUGGAGGAGAGCGCUGCCUGACAGCCCCCCGUCCCAGGACAAGAGAGAGAGAGCGAGAGAGAUGGACACAAAGACAGAGAAAGAGAGCAACAGACAGACAUUUGAUUCUAAAAUGCAACAGUGCUGUCUUCCACAAUGUACUGAUUUGAAUGCUGCUUUUUAGGAUAAUUUUUUUAAAUUAAAAAAUGUAAACAAUGCAAGGACCCUUAAAGCUGAGAUGUACUACCACCAGGGGAGAACCUCUGGAUGUCCAGGAGCUGCUGCCUCUUGUCUCUUCUGCCUUAGCCUGAGAAGAGGCUCCUCAGUGAGGGAACACCAAGCACCAAGGGUAGGUCGGCAUGGAUCUCACCUGGAGCUCAUCUCCACGACUGAACUGAGAGAGAGGAUACACACACAUAUGUUUAUCCCAUGCAGGAGGACCUCACACUGCCUAGCGCUGCUUAUGGUCCAAACAUACAUUUGUGUUUUUAUAUCACUGCCAUCUACAGGUAGUCCUGUGUUACUGCAGGCUGGAGCAGGAUUCUGAUGGGCUUCAGCUUAAAAGACUUUGACUGGUGCGAACGAAGCACUCCACGGAACAACUGAAAAUGGAUCACUUUGAGUUCUUCUUAUGGCAUCCAUACUUCAGUGUCAUAAAGUGAGAUGAAAUCUGAUGGACACCAUU